AAGAAAAUUUAGCCAAGAGACAGCUGCGUAAUCAUAUUGCGGCACCGUUUUUAUUUCUUUUUUCUUGCUGCAGCAGCUGCUUGCGGAAUACGUCUCCUCACUGCGGCUCUCUGCAGUCUCUGGCCCGCUCCUUCAGGACCGGUCACUGCAACCAUCGCCACCCUCUGCAACCCAGCCCAGGCUGCCCCUGCUUCAGUCCGGCUCUCCAAACCUGAGCACCGCCUUUUAUCCAGCCAGCGCCCACUGUCGCUCCCGCAGUUCGGCCACCACAGCUCAUUCCAUCUCUGCCCAGGCCACAGCCGCUUCUGACAUUUUGGUGAGUCUUUUCCCAAGGAGGUGAGAUCUAAUCUCGUUGAUAGCCACCUUAGGCGUGUCCGGUCCUUUGAAAAAUGGCCGAGUCCGCCGACUACAAGGAUCUGUCAGGAUCCAGUCCAGAAGAGGCUGACAGUAAGAUAAUAAUGGAGGCACCUGGGGAACCUCAGGAGUGCGGUGAAGAUGCUGCCGCUGGGCCUGGAGAUCAGGGGGAGCGUGGUGAAGAAGCCGCUGCCGGGCUUGGCGUAGAAGGGGGAAAAGGUGAAGAGGCUGCUGCAGGAUCCGGGAAAGACGGGGAGAAAGACACUGAGGAGAACCCAGACCCAGAUCGUCCAAAAGGGCUCAUCGGUUAUCUUUUAGAUACAGACUUUGUUGAAAGUCUACCUGUGAAAGUUAAGUACCGAGUGUUAGCCCUUAAAAAGCUCCAAACUAGAGCCGCCAAUUUAGAAUCCAAAUUCAUGAGGGAAUUUCAUGACAUUGAAAGAAAGUUUGCUGAAAUGUAUCAACCCUUACUGGAAAAAAGACGACAGAUCAUCAAUGCUAUCUAUGAACCUACAGAAGAGGAAUGUGAAUAUAAACCAGACUGUGAGGACUAUGAUGAAGAAGACAUGGAGGAUGAGGAAGAUGUGCAUGAUAAUGAGGAAGGCAUGGUACAUGAGUAUGGUGAUGAGGAUGAUGGUUAUGAUGACUAUUAUUAUGAUUAUGCCAUUGAGGAAGAGGAAGAGGAGGAAGCAGAUGAUGACACUGAGGCUACUGGAGAAGAGAAUAAAGAAGAGGAUCCUAAGGGAAUUCCAGAUUUUUGGCUGACUGUUCUAAAAAACGUGGAAGCACUCACUCCUUUGAUUAAGAAAUAUGAUGAGCCUAUUCUGAAGCUCCUGACAGAUAUUAAAGUGAAGCUUUCUGAUCCUGGUGAGCCUCUCAGUUUCACACUAGAAUUUCACUUCAAGCCCAAUGAAUAUUUCAAAAAUGAACUGUUGACAAAGACCUAUGUGCUGAAGUCAAGGCUAGCAUAUUAUGAUCCCCAUCCUUAUAGGGGAACUGCAAUUGAGUAUUCCACAGGCUGUGAGAUUGAUUGGAAUGAAGGAAAGAAUGUCACUUUGAGAACCGUCAAGAAGAAGCAGAAACAUCGGAUCUGGGGAACAAUACGAACUGUGACUGAAAGUUUUCCCAAGGAUUCAUUCUUCAAUUUCUUUUCUCCUCAUGGAAUCAGCUUAAAUGGAGGGGAUAGGAAUGAUGAUUUUUUACUUGGUCACAAUUUACGUACUUACAUAAUUCCAAGAUCAGUAUUAUUUUUCUCAGGUGAUGCACUUGAAUCUCAGCAAGAGGGGGUAGUUAGGGAAGUUAAUGAUGCAAUUUAUGACAAAAUUAUUUAUGAUAAUUGGAUGGCUGCAAUUGAGGAGGUUAAAGCCUGUUGCAAAAAUCUUGAGGCAUUAGUAGAAGACAUUGAUCGUUAAAGCAGGGUAUAUAUGGCCAUGAAAUCACAUGCCCUAGAGCUACUUACUCAAGAUAUAAGAAAUUACAAUUUUGUGGUCUGUAUUUUUCUUGUAGUGUCAGUUAAAACAUAUGUCUCAGAAAUAUAAAAAAGGUCAAAUAGUAAUUAAUUUGACAUUGCAUUUUAAUAGUAGAAUGUUUUCAAGACAUGUAGACUGUGGUAAAUGAUUUAAAACAUUAAUAUAGUGUUGUGUAGUUUAAUCCUUCUGAAGCCCUUUUGUCAUGUAACCAUGAGACUGUGAAUAUUAUCUGAAAUGCUAAAUAAGAUCAAUAUUUGUUUGGAAAGAAAAUCUUGGGAACAAACCCAAGGGUUUUUGCUGCUGUUGUGUUUUGUAUUUUUGUUUUCUUAGUCCUCUAGCUAGUGGAUUUAAUUUUGUUGUGACUGCUUCAUUUUGCAGUAGAAAUAAAAUAGAAUUUAAAACUUGAAUGCUUAAGAAGAGGCCUGCAUAUGGUUAAGAAUUUCAAGCAAAACCACAUUUAUUGUUAGUAGCAGCUUGUGCAUAGGCUCUUGAAUAUGUGACUGUGAUAAAUAAUGAAACUUAGUUGUAUUGGUAUUACUGUUUAUCAGUAAAGUGUUAGUCACAGUAUUUUCAGAAGUUUGCCAGUAUUGUUCUGUGUAAUUGUGUAAACCAUGAUCCCUUUUCCUAUAGUAUAUUGAAUCAUUCAAAGUGAUAACUUUACCAUUUCAAAAAUAUAUUUCAUGUUCCUUCCCUGCAAAAUAAAAUGAAUAAAAAUUUCA